AUGGCGGCGGCAAACUCAACAACAUCGCUAACAUGUGAAGUUUGCACAGCAACAGUGACGCUUUACAGCAAGUUUUGUGCCACCUGUGGUGCUGAGCUUGAUAUAGAAACACAAGCACUGAAAUAUUAUUUCAACGAAGGAUACGAGUAUGAGGUUAUUCUGUGCUUUUUGCUGAAAUACCACGGAAUAGAAAUGAGCCUGCGAACGCUCAAGGAGAGAUUCAAGUCACUUGGGCUUCGACGACGGAACCUAUUGGAUUCAAAUGACCAGGAUAUCAGAGCUAGAAUACAGGAGGAGUUAGAUGGGCCUGGUUGCUUAAAGGGGUACAGGAGCAUGUGGCAUACUUUGCGCCGUGAGGGUUAUCAGGUGUCGAGGCAAGCAGUGGCGACAUGCUUACAAGAAAUGGACCCUGAGGGGUGCGAACGAAGACGAAGGCGGAAGCUCAAAAGAAGAGUUUACACUAAUCCAGGGCCGAACUACUGUUGGCAUAUUGAUGGCUAUGACAAAUUGAAACCUGACGGGUUCCCGAUCCAUGGCUGUAUUGACGGUUACAGCCGAAAGAUAAUAUGGUUAAGAUUGGACAGAACAAACAAUAAUCCCGUAGUGAUCGGGAGAUAUUAUAUGGAUGCUGUGAAGGAAUACGGAGGAUGCCCCAUGAAGGUUAGAACUGACUGUGGCACUGAAAACGGCCUUGUAGCAGCAGCACAAUGCUAUUUCAUUGGCAAUGAUCUGGCACAUAUUUAUGGAACCUCACCUCACAACCAACGAAUAGAAGGGUGGUGGUCGUACCUAAGACAACACUUAACUACUUGGUGGAUGAACUUUUUCAAGGACUUACUGGAACAACAAGUCUUCACUACUGGUAAUGAACUACAGAUGGAGUGCUUGUGGUUCUGUUUUUCCGGGCUCAUUCAGCAAGAUUUGGAUAGCGUAAAAGUACACUGGAACAGCCACUACAUCAGAGAGUCGCGCCAUGACACUGUAAAAGGAAGACCCAAUGAGUUGUUUUACCUACCUGAACUGCGCAAUACUGAGGACUUUCUUGCUCCUGUCAGUGCACAGCAGUGUGACUAUAUCACAGAUAAUUACCUUCCCCUUGCAGAGAGCACCAAUGAAUACCAGGAGUAUUUUCAGUAUGCCUUUCAAGCUGCAGGUCUUUCCAACCCCCAAAACUGGCGGGAAGCCUUAGACUUGUACCAUAAUCUUUACAGGUAUGCAUCCAGUUGA